AUGGCUUCUAAUGUGCCUGCGAGGUGCUGCACUGUGGGGGUCAAACACAGUGGAGAAGCAAACGGGGAGUAUCAGGAGAUUGAUGGUGCUGAGAUGUAUUUUUCAUAUCCUAAGGACAGAUCGACCAAGCACGGAGUUAUCCUGCUCACGGACGUCAUUGGCCACCGAUUCAUCAACUCGCAGCUCAUUGCUGACCAAUUUGCGGCGAAUGGGUAUCUCGUAGCGAUGCCUGAUCUGUUCCAUGGUGACCCGGUCAAGCUCAAUAGGCCGGCGACUUUUAAUCUGAUGAGCUGGCUGGAAGGACACCCGGUUGACAGGGUGGAUCCCGUUGUCGACUCUGUGAUUCAGUACAUGCGCACACAGCUCGGCUGCAAGAGGAUUGGGGCGGUUGGGUAUUGCUUUGGGGCAAAAUACGUCGUCCGAUUUCUGAGGCCUGAAGAGGGAAAAUUUGACGCUGGAUUUAUCGCGCAUCCUGGUUUUGUUGAAUUGGAAGAACUCUGCGCCAUUACAGGGCCGCUGAGCAUUGCUGCAGCUGAAGGCAUUCUUCGUGAUCUUGGCCAGCCAUACCAGAUCAAUCUCUAUAGCGGAGUCGAGCACGGGUUCGCCAUUCGCGCAGACUUGACGGACAAGGCGAAGAAGUUUUCAAAGGAGCAGGCAUUCCUGCAAGCAGUCCACUGGUUUGAUGAAUUUAUCAAGAGUGGGAACUGA